AUGUCACAGGACCUCACUGUAGAGGCUUUUUUGUUUGGGUUCUUGGUCUUUACUGGCAUCCUUGGAAACAUCUUGGUCAUCCAUGUGGUGUUUCAGUCAGCCGUUGACAGUCCGUCAGGAAGACUCCCACCCUCUGACACCAUCUUGGUGCACUUGUCACUGGCCAACCUGCUGACCUCACUUUUCCGCACGGUGCCCAUCUUUGUGUCAGACCUGGGUUUGAAUGUUUCUCUUUCUCCGGCCUGGUGCCGAGUCUUCAUGCUGCUGUGGGUGUGGUGGCGAGCUGUGGGCUGUUGGGCGACGCUGGCACUUAGCGUCUUCCACUGCACCACCCUGAGGCGGCAGCACAUGGCCUAUGGACCCCUGGCCCAGCAGAGGGAGAGGAGGCGGGUCUGGAUCGUUCUAGGGCUGGUGUGGGGGGCAAACCUGGUUUUCUCAAUUCCAGCUCUGAUAUAUAGCACCCAUGUUCACGGCAACGCCACCGUAGAGCUGAUGGUGAUCAGCUGCACCACCAGGCCUCUCCUGGGCUGUGUCUGGGAGUUCCCCUCCCUUCAACAGGGCUCAGCCUUCGCCUCCUCCUCGCUCGCACUUAAUGAAGUGCUGCCAUUGGUGCUGAUGGUUUUCACCAACCUGGCCACACUUCAUGCUCUGGCGAAGCAUAUCCGAGCUGUUACGGCAGGGGGAGAGUCAGGAGGAACCCAUGGGGACAUGGAAAAACAUGUGUCAAGUGAACGCAAAGCUGCUCAUGUAAUCAUGUCACUGGUGUCGCUCUUUGUGGUCUGCUGGGUGCUACAGGUUGCUGCUGUGACGUACUACAACCAUGAUGGGGGACACCACGCUGAAGGGCUGCUGACUGUGGCCCACUUCGCUGCCUCACUGUUUGUAGGAUUCAGUCCCAUGGUGGUGGCCCUGGGACAUGGCAAGCUAAGGAGGAGGAUCAAAAGUAUGCUACUGAUGUGGACUAAAGUUCUUAAAUGUCAAAGGGAGGUCACUGAAAACGCGAGUAAAUCCCCAGAGACUGAAGGCAAGAAGAAGGUAAAACAAACUGUUUUUAUUGUUGAAAAAGAUAGUAAGGUCUUACAAGUGAAGGAGAAAGUGAAUGCAGAUAAAUAA